CACCACAUUAAUUCCCUUAAAUUCUUUUUUGAGAAAUAUCUCCUGAUCGAGUUCUCAAUUAAGAAAGAUAGGAUGGAGCACACAGGUGCACUAGUAAGAAUGGUGAUGCUUCUUGUGUUCGUUGGGUGGCUCUUUAUGUGGAUUAUGCUGCCAACAAAAACCUACAAAUACACAUGGAGCCUCUCCCUCUCGAAACACCUAAACUCCACUUAUUUCCGCGAACAAGGAACUAAUCUUGUGCUUUUCUCAUUUCCAAUAAUGUUUUUGGCAUCUUUGGGCUGUCUUUACCUCCAUUUUCAAGCGAAAAAUGCCCCGAAAAGAAAUUUUACUAGAAGAAGAUGGUUAGACUUUUGGAAACGGCCAUUGAUCGUGAUGAAUCCUCUAGGGAUCGUGAGCACAAUGGCCGUCGUGUUUUCAGUCUUAUCCGUUGCGUUACUAGGAUGGUCUUUAUAUAAUUACUUGCACGUGAGCUUUGGCCACCUUAUGAUGCACGGGGUCGGGGAAAAAGUGUGGCAGGCGAGGUUCCGUAGCGUGUCAUUGAGGCUUGGGUAUAUCGGGAACAUAACAUGGGCGUUUUUGUUCUUUCCAGUGACUCGUGGAUCAUCGCUAUUACGAUUGGUUGGGCUUACUUCAGAAUCGAGUAUCAAGUAUCACAUAUGGCUGGGGCAUAUAUCCAUGGUUCUCUUCGCUCUACAUAGCGUUGGCUUCAUUAUCUACUGGGGUAUCACUGAUCAAAUGGAGUUGAUGAAGGAAUGGAGCAAAACUUACCUUUCCAACGUAGCCGGAGAAAUCGCAUUCGUGCUCGCAAUAAUUAUGUGGGUUACAAGCAUCCGUAGAGUGAGGCAGAAGAUGUUCGAGAUUUUCUUCUACGUCCAUCAAACCUACCUUCUAUACGUCUUCUUUUACAUCAUUCAUGUUGGAGUGGCCUACUUCUGCUUAAUUCUUCCCGGCAUUUUCCUCUUUUUAAUCGAUAGAUACCUGAGAUUCUUACAAUCACAAACAAGAAUUCGGCUUAUCGCUGCCCGUCUCCUGCCUUGUAAUGUCAUUGAACUUAACUUCUCCAAGCUUGCCGGAUUGGAGUAUACUCCAACAAGCAUCUUGUUCGUGAACGUGCCGUCAAUCUCCACGUUGCAGUGGCAUCCUUUUACAGUGACGUCCAACGCUAAUACCGAGCCUGAAAUGUUAAGCAUUGUAAUCAAGUGUGAGGGAACUUGGUCCCACAAGCUUUACAAACAGCUUUCUGGCUCACCGAUCGAUAGUCUUCAAGUCUCUGUUGAAGGGCCCUAUGGACCUGCUGCACCACAUUUUCUAAGCUAUGAGAAUCUGGUGUUGAUCAGUGGAGGCAGUGGCAUCACCCCGUUUAUCUCCAUAAUCCGUGAGCUUACUUUCCAACAACUCAAUGAUAACCGCAAGAUUCCAACGAAUGUUCUCCUCGUUUGCGCCUUUAAACACUCGACAGAUCUCUCAAUGCUUAAGCUCUUGCUACCAUUAACAUCAAACACUAGUACCACUUCAAAUAUUUCUCAAACAAAUCUGAAAAUACAAGCCUACAUCACUAGAGAAACUGAGCAGCAACAACCCCUUGAAAACACUGACAGCUCUCUUCGAACCAUAUGGUUCAAACCCAUGCCAAACGACAUGCCCGUUUCGGCACCACUUGGACCCGACAGCUGGCUAUGGUUAUGCGUGAUAAUCUCAUCAUCGUUCGUCUUGUUUCUUAUUUUCUUAGGGAUUCUUAUUCGAUACCACAUCUAUCCUAAAGAGCUCGCUGGAGGACCUUCGGCUUAUAAUUACACUUAUAAAACUCUAUGGGACAUGUUCUUUGUAUGUGCUAGCGUCUUCUUGGCUACUAGCUUCGUGUUCUUUUGGCGAAAGAAGGAGAACGAUAAAAAAGAAACAAUGAAGGUGCAAAAUUUGGAACUUGGUGAGACCGGAGAAAUUGAAAGCUGUGCUGAUCUGUCUGUUGUUGAAACUACUUCGAUCCAUUUCGGACACAGGCCUGAUCUAAAGAAGAUACUGAUGGAGAACAACAAGAAAAGCUCAGAUGUGGGAGUUGUAGUUUGUGGGCCAAGAAAAAUGAGACAUGAAGUUGCUAAGAUAUGUUCUUCAAAACAAGCUAAUAAUCUUCAUCUAGAAUCGAUGAGCUUUAACUGGUGAUGACGAUAAGAACAUACCGUGUGGCUUUUUAAACGUAUAUGUUUGAUAAAUGUAUAUUUUUUAUCAAGAAAAGUUCCCCAGCUGUUUAUAUUUUGGUUGUAAAUCAAGUACAGUGUGUAAUAAUUGUUCUGGGAUUUGAAGGUUUGAUUCUCAA